AUGACCGGCUCCUCCCAAACCGCUGUCACUCCCAACACUGAUAAGCCCUUUGGAAUCGCACAGAUUCGAGGCUACAUCCCCAUCCAGCUUGAUCUCAACAAGCUGAAUUAUGACGUAUGGUGGGAGCUCUUCGAAACCCAUUGCAGCAGUUUUGGUGUCUUGGGUCAUUUUGAUGGCUCCUCUCUCUUUGACACAAUCCUCAAAGCCAAAUCCAAAGCAUGUGACAUCUGGCUCACGCUUGAAGACUUAUUUCGUGAUAACAAGGAGGCUCGUUCGCUUCAGUAUGACAACGACCUCCGCACUCUUGAGAUCGGUGAUAUGAACAUCACCGACUAUAGUCACAAAUUGAAGUCCCUCUCCGAUUUGUUGGCUAACCUCGACUCCCCUGUUUCUGAUCGGGCUCUAGUGAUGCACAUGUUGAACGGCUUGUCUGACAAGUUUGACAACAUCAUCAAUGUUAUCCAGCAUGAGACACCCUUUCCCUCGUUCAGCAAGGCUCGCUCCAUGCUCUUGAUGGAAGAGAAGUGCCUUGACAAACAAGUCAAACCUGUGGCUCAGCACACCACCAAUCCUUCGUCGCCAACGGUCCUUUUCACUAAUCAACAUCAAGAACAACAGCACACUUCACAGCAACACAACAACAACAACAACAACAACUCCGGCCGCAGAUACAAUCCUAACCAUUGCAACAGAGGCAGGGGACGCAACAACCGUGGACGAGGUCGUAACAAUUGGAACAACAACCAGUUAGGGUUUCCUCCUCCAUGGAGCUACACUCAAUCUCCAUGGCCGUAUCCUCCGCAGUAUGGGGCGCCGCCAUCUUUUCCACCACCACCCUAUCCUCCGACCUACUCACCGCCGUAUGGUGCUCCUCGUGGCUCCACUGGACCUUACCCUCACUCUCGACCACACAGUGAGGCUCACUACGUCCAAACUCCUUAUCCGAUGCAACCGAUGGGAACCACGCCGCAGCUAACCACUCUGCCUCAAGCUUUCAGUACCAUGACGUUGCAGGAUCCGACUGGAACCUCUUGGGUCAUGGACACCGGCGCGACCAACCACAUAGCAAAUCAGCCAGGUACGCUACGUUCCCUUUUUAAUAAAAGCAUUGUUCCCUCUGUUAUGGUUGGUAAUGGAUCCUCUGCCCCUGUAACUCACACCGGCUCCUCAUCCAUACCCACAUCAUCACGACCUCUUCAUUUACGUCAUGUCCUAGACCUUCGGACUCGGAUGAAGCUCCUACGAUGCAACAGUGAUGGUCCUCUGUAUACCAUCACGCCACCGAUCUCGCCUGCACAAGCUUUCUCCGCUCUCGCACAACCGGGUUCCCUGUGGCAUCGCCGUCUCGGUCAUCUUGGCUCCUCUGCUCUCCAGUCUCUUGUUUCCUCGGGUGUUAUUUCUUUUACUAAGACCGACAUGACAAAAUUGUGUCAUGCGUGUCAAUUAUGA